AUGCAUCAUAUAUCUUAUUCCAUGAGCUCAGUAGCUCUCAAAAAAGAAAAUAUCCCACCAGAGGAAGAUCUGAAUAAGUUAAAAACGGGCAAUUCUCAACACCGAGUUGCUUUAAGUGAUGUCACAUCACAAGUGAACAACAAAUCAUAUCCGACAACCUCAUCGUCAACAAGUCUAACGAAGGUUCAGUCUCAGAAUGGAGCUAAGCAGAUCAAUACCAAUGGAGACAUGGACAGUGAGACUCAAUGCGAUGAGAAAUUGAACCUUAAUAAAGUAAAGGCUGGAAAAGUUAAUGAGCCACUGCGAUUGACACGUACAGCAAACGAUGAAAUGCUGCUGAAGCAUGUUAACAAGAAAUAUUUCAGGAGUUCACCCGAUCCUAACGACGAAGAUUCAUAUGACGUUGUGAUGGUUCCUGAACUUACCAAUGACAUUUUCCCAUAUUUAAGAAGUUUAGAAACUCGUCUGAGACCGAAUCCUCAAUACAUGCAAUUACAACCACACCUAAAAUGGACACAUAGAUCAACAGUUAUUGAAUGGAUUGUGGAGGUACAUCUUCGAUUUAGAUUGCUUCCAGAGACUUUGUAUUUAACUGUGAAUAUAAUUGAUAGAUUUCUAUCAAAUCAAGAGAUAGCUUUGAAUAAAUUCCAAUUGAUAGCGGCAGCUGCUCUGUUCAUUGCAUCCAAAUAUGAAGAAAUUAAUUGCCCAACAUUAAAUGAUAUAAUAUACAUGUUGAACGAAGCAUAUAGUAAACAAGACAUCUUAACUGCCGAAAGAUUGAUACUGAAUGUGUUAGAGUUUGAACUGGGUUGGCCUGGCCCUAUGUCAUUUUUACGAAGAGUAAGUAAAGCAGAUGAUUACGAACAUGAAACAAGAACCCUGGCAAAAUAUUUAUUAGAGUCUACUAUUAUGGAUCCGAGACUAGUCGAUGCUGAACCAAGUUGGUUAGCUGCGGGAUCAUAUUUCUUGAGUAUGAUUAUUCUUGGUUGUGAUACAUGGUCCUCAGCGCAUGUUUUCUAUUCGAAUUACACUUAUGACCAGAUUUUCCCAUUGGCAAAGUUAAUUUUGGAAAAUUGUAGAGACCCUAGCAGAUACCAUAAAGUAAUUUGGGAGAAAUAUUCUCAUAAAAGCCAGCAUUAUUCUUCCCAAAUUGUGAGCAAUUGGAUUCUUGAUGCUUCCAGGAGAGUUGAACAACAGGAACCACGUUGCGGUUGA